AUGACGAUGUUUGUCGACUCCGACCCGCUUGCUCUCUCCGCCGUCGCCGCGCACCGUUAUACUCAGGCUCAGGCACCGGCCCAGGCACCGGUCCACGGCCAGGGCCAGGAACGUCGACAGGAACAAGAACAGGAGCCGAGUCCCCUGAGCUCUCACAGCCCAUCAGACGAAGUGCAGUCGCCGAUCAAGCCGGACGGGUCGCCCAAGAAGCGGAAGCGGACGAGGAAGGCUGCCACGGGCAAAAAGUUCGAAUGCAAGCACAAAGGCUGCGGGAAGAGCUACUCGCGAGCCGAGCAUCUGUACCGCCAUCAGCUAAACCACUCGCCCAAACAAAUAUAUCGAUGCGAAUUCCCCAACUGCUUCCGCACCUUUGUUCGCCAGGAUCUGUGUAUCCGGCACCAGGAGCGCCAUAAUACCCAUGGCUCACAGCUGCAGAAGCGCGAUCAUGUCGCUACUCAGGGCUCAGGCGCAGGCUCGUCGCCGUCUACCAGAGAUACAAGCGGCAACCCGGCGUCCAUCUCGCAGCAGGCCAGCGAGGCCAGGUCUCCAGCAGGAUCGAUACCCUCUCGCUCGCAGAUAGCUGAGCAGGCCGUUAACGGUGCCGGCAGCACUGGAUUCAUAGCCGUUCAGGGCUACGCGACCUCUAACAUGGCGGGCGCUGGUGCUGCUGCUGGCGGUGGUUCGGAUCUCCAUGGCGGGCCUCUACAGACACCCCAGAACGCAUACCACAAAGGCAACACGGACUCGAUACGGCGGCAGUCAGACGGGAAUACAGGAGGAUACCUUGUUCCGCAGCAGAAGCCACAGCCAGUGGCCGUCUACGGUGAACCAAAUUGCUCAAGUUACGAGCCAUACACCCAUACUAAUAAUAAUACACAUAAUAAUACCCCCCAGCCAUUCUCAAUAUCACCGUUGGCUGGGCCGCAAGAGAUAGGCCCAGGGACCUCUAUUGCGUCGGAUUCCAUGCAGUCCCGGCAGCAGUCUAUAUCAAGUCCUGCUGGGAACCAUACAGUGUCUCCAUUUGGCAUGCCAUCCGGCAUGUUGGCAAACGGCAUGGCUACAAACACAUACAUGCCGCAGAACCAGAACAUGCCAAUGCCGGCUGUUCUCCCUGGCUCUGGCUACACGGGUGCUGUCCUGAGUAGAUCCCACAGUCAAUCUUCGUCUGGUGCAAACUUGGCCAGUACCCUGAGCCAGAUGACUUCUUUGCCAACGAGCAUGCAUUCGGAAGCUUCGGUAGCCAACAUGGACUCUAUAGGGCCUUAUGCCCUGCCGGUAUUUGGCAGCGAGAUACUGAACCGUUCUCCCUUUGCCCUGACUGACGACUUUACUGCGUGGCUCUUCAACGAGAGCUCUAAUACGUCAUCUGCCGCUGGAUUCCCUGCGGUAUCAACCAUAAUGCCCAACUAUCUCGAUACAUUCUCCGGACAGAUCCAAAAUCCAUACUACCCUACUGAUUCGACGGCCGUAUCCGGAUAUGGCACCGGCACCCUCCAGCAGCAACAGCAACAACAGCAGCAUCACCCCAUGAGCGUUACCAGUAUCCUUGACUCCAGCCCGCCAUACUCGGUUAUAUCGGAAGAGAAACGAAGUGAACUGCUAGAUUUGAUGCAGACGAGGUUCAAUGAAAUCGGUUGUGGCUCCGUUAAGAGUCGCAAGGAGACGUUCAUGGAGGGCAAUAUGGACGCGGACAACCAUAUUCUCAGUCUACGCAUGAUGCAGACGUAUAUUAGCUCUUACUGGUACCACUGCCAUGCGCAACUACCGAUCCUACAUAAACACACCUUCACACCAGACAAAACGCCAAAUAUCCUCCUCUUUGCUGUAAUGGCCCUUGGAGCUGUUACCCUGGAUAACAACCGAGGCCAGCAAUUUACUGAUACGGCAUCAGAGCUGGCGAACUUCAUCUGCGUUCAUCUGCGGUGGGAGUUAUUCAUGGACCCCGACUUCAGGCCGCCCGCAAAGCUCUGGGUGUUCCAAACAUUGCUACUCCUUGAGACAUAUGAGAAGAUGUACUCUACACGAGAGCUACAUGAAAGAGCACACAUCCACCAUGACACCACACUAACACUAAUGCGCCGUGGUAGCUCCCUAAUAGGCCGCACUGCCUUCAACUCGCCUCCGUCUCCCUCAGACAACAGACAGCGAUCGGCAGUCCCCUCGUCUGCAGGCAGCUCUGAGCCAGGCCACUUUGACGAAUCGUGGCUGCGCUGGAUAAAAUCGGAAGGGACACGACGAGUUGCCUUUGCUGCGUUUGUCCUGGAUUCGACUCAUGCCACCAUGUUCGGACACUCGGUGAAGAUGGCCGCCCAUGAAAUGAGGCUGCCAUUACCCUGUGACGAGAAUCUCUGGUCUGCUACUUGUCCUUCGGAAGCGGCAAAGGUACAGCUACGGCUCAACGCCAGCGGUUUCAAACCAACCAUGUUUCUUGAAGGGCUGAAAAAGACGCUGACGGGCCAGACGGUGCGAACCAACGCCUUUGGUCGAACGAUAAUCAUGGCUGGUUUGUUGAGUGUAAGCUGGCAUAUGAACCAAAGAGAUCUACAGGUUAACUCGCUUGGUGUCUCUCAAGUACCUGGCUUCAGAGACAAGUGGCGAUCUUCCAUGCUCCGGGCAUUUGAUAACUGGAAGCGAGACUUUGAUGAAUCGCUAGCCAACGACACCAGUUCAUCUGCCGGUGGUUACUCGUCAUCCGGCGGAUACCAGCAGCGGCAACAGAACCUCUUUGAAGAGGACGUCUUCGCCGAGACAAGAAAUGUGCUUCACCAUCUUGCCCAUAUGGCCUCUCACGUCGAUGUGGUUGACUGCCAGAUAUUUGCCGGAGCUGCGCGACUAUUGGGACGAGCCAUCACACCCAGAGACUUUAGCUGUGCAAAAGAGAAAAUGGUCGAACGAUGGGCUAACAAGGACUCAGCUCGAGACGCUACUUUCUUUGCCCUGAAGUUCCUCUCCCAGGUCCUGCUUCGGAACGGUUCUUCCAGGCCAGACUAUCCAGUGGCCGGAUCAAGGAUGAAUGUGCAUGAGUACUGUGCCCGAGAGGACUUCAUCAUGAGCCGGCCGUGGGUUCUCUACUUUGCCGCCCUGGUCGUCUGGUCCUACGGCUUUGCGCUGGACGGUCCAAUCCGUCCGUCGCCACCGCCAGAGCUGGCCACGCCCGAACAGCAACGGCGCGACAUGUACGCCUUCCUCGAGCGAGUAGGAGGUGUCCGCCACCCGAACGACCUUGAGAACAUCCGAGAUCGAAAUCAGUGUAUGGGACUUCUCAUGGUUUUGCGAGCCGACUUCCGCAAUACAAGAUGGGAGCUGCUUCAUGAAGCCGCCAACCUCCUGGGAAGCUGCAUCGACAAGCUCAAGGGUUCUCCUAUCACCAUUGCACCGAGCUUAUAA